CGCAACAGGUGUGUUCUCAUAGGUGAGUGCACACACCAUCUUUGCUUGUUCAGAGGAACCAAAGGACUUCUCCCACGGGCUUGUCAACCAUCACUAAACUUCUGUGAAGAUAUGUUUCUCUGGAGACAGUGAUGUCCUUCUCUACAAGGAAAGGUUGACCCAUCUCUCUGCAUUCGGAACGUUUCUCUCCAUCGCACACACACACACACACGCACGCAGUCUGAGAUGAGCAGCGGUGAGAACAAGCAGCAGAAGCUGCAGCGUAAGCCCAAGAGGCCCCACUACAUCCCCCGCCCGCUGGGAAAGCCCUUUAAGUACCACUGCUUCCAGUGCCCCUUCACCUGCAACGAGAAGACCCACCUGUUCAACCACAUGAAGUACAACCUCUGUAAGGACUCCAUCUCCCUCAUGGUCAAGCUGGGGAGAGACAUCCACCCGGCAAAAGCUCCAACUGCCACCAUCGCCUCCAAGUCCUCUGGAGAAGAUGCAGGAGAAAGUUCUGGAAAGGUCCAGGGUGGCUCGACAGAUUCAGCUCAAGAUGUUCAGCUUGACAAGACCGUGUUGCCCUGUGGUGGUGGCACUGGUAAAGAGCUGCAGCGAAAACACCCCCGUUCACAGAUGGUGCACCCCGAGCGCUGCAUCACAGAGGAUAAGAGAGACCAGCAGGAAGAGGAGAUGUUGGAUCAAAAUGGGGGAGCACCUCAGCUGCCUAAGGGAGUGGACAGGCCUUCCUGUACUGAGGACCCAGCCAACAAAUUAAAAGAGUUAGAGCCGCUGAACAUCAACGGCUCUGCCUUUAGUCCAGUCUCUGUUCAACAUCACGACAACAAGGACGUUACACUGUGUACUCAAACUCAGAACCCAAUUCAGAAUUCAUCACUGCCUCGUCCAGUCCCUCAGAUCUUCACACCGACCCCCGUUUGGCCACUGCCUAGCCCCUUCAUACCCCCGCACAUCAGCCUUGACCAGAGACCCUCGUUUGAGGACAAAGAGAUGGACUCUUCUCCUCAGGAACCUCUGUGUCCAGGGUAUCCUCGCUAUACCACGCAAGACCCUACAAACCCCCAAUACCACCCUUACCUGCUGUCUUCAGUAUACCACAAUCAAUCAGUAUCCCACCUCCACCCGGUCCCACCUUACUUCCUGGAUACCCACAGGCCCCACCCCAUGUUGCCUGGGCAAGUGUUGCCUGGACAAGAGCAGCACUAUAAGUAUGGCCAGCGUAUUGUGUCUUAUGGUCUGUACCAUACCCUGAAUCAGACUCACCCUCAUCUUCCCCCUUAUCUGUACCCCUACCCUGAAAUGGUUCAUUCCAGUUUAGGUGCCUACUCCGCAUCCCUGGGUGUUGCUUCAGGGUAUUUGUACAGCCACCUCCAGAGGCCCACUACUGGGUACCUCAACGCCCACCGAGGGGAGCUCGAGUCUGGGGUAAGAGGUGACCGGGAGGUGGGUGAGAUGGGCGAGGUGAAGAUCCCCCAGAUGAGUCCCAGGGUUGGUUGUGCCGCCUCAGGAUCCCCAAGUCAACCAAGUGCCACAGAUCUCACCCACAGAGACUCCAACUCCCAGCAGCCAUUGCAACAGGAAUUGGCCUCAAGACAGGACAACCAAUUGGAAGGUGAAACUGCCAGUUCACAGCCUGACAGAAGUAUAGGUGACUAUGUUGGUGAGCCAGGUGAUCAGCAACCAGAAGAGAAGAAGAAAUCCAGGUCAAAACCAUUUGCAAGGGAUACAGAAGAUAUAUUGGUUUCUGAAAAUGAUGAAGAUGUCCCACUGGAUUUAUCCAAAACUCAACGGAUCGGUAAAGAUGCAGAUGUCCUCCAGAGCAGUAGAGGGCGCUGUUCCCAACUGCCAGAACUCCCCUUGAACCUUUCUCUGAAAGAAUCCCCUCAUGCAAAAACGUCCAUGUCCACUUCGUCUCACCCACUAGAUAGCAACACGCCUCAGACAGAUAUUUUCGCUGCAGACCCCAGUCGUACUGAUAGUGCUGACUCAGCAGAAAUCACUGACAAUGACUCAGCAGAAUCUCAGAAACACUCUGCGGCCUUUGCCCUCUGCCAGCUGGCCCAGGCACCACACCUGAAGACAGACUCACACACUUUAAUGACUGCCUUUGAUAGAGUUUACACUGUCAAAGAAACCACCACCCAAAACAACCAUUAUGCCACUUCAAUCAGCUCCAUCGCCAAGACAAAGAAUCCUGACCCAGACCAGAAAACCUCAAGCGAUCAUCAUCUUAAUUCAUCAUCAUCCUUCAGCUUGAACUCUAUUGAGAGCACUAACGCUGACCAAACAGGCACCCCGAGCCAACGUCUUUCAAUUCCGACCAGCUGCCCAGCUCCAGUAAAGACAUGUGAAGAAGGUUUCAAACAAAAUAUCUCUUUCUCUACCCAUGGAGAUGGAACUACAGACGACAUCACUGCUUUGACCACUACCCUGAACCCUACCACUACCACCCUGUCCACCCGAAUGAACUGUAGGACCUCCCAGAUCUGGAUCAGCAACCCUCACACCUCUAGUAAGAAGCCGGCAGCCUCCACAACCAACACUCUGCCCAACAGAGCUGGACCCCCAGACACCUCUGUAACCACCUUCACCCACCCUGCAUCCGAAACACCACCCAUCAAAUCUACACCGCUCAACACCCCAGCGAUCAACUCCAUCCACCCUUCAACCUGCCCUUCAUCCAAAACUCUACCCAACCCAUCUAUAUCCUGCUCCACCCCUGCAUCCACUGGCCGACCAACCUCCACCUCCAAGCAGGAGCGCCAGAGGCCCAGUGGGACCUCCACCCACAUCCACACUGAUGCACCAGCCAGAAUAACCACACGGCUACAGGCCAAACAGAACGCUGGGUAUGGAAGGGGUGGGGCUCGGAACGCUGUCAGCCAACGUGCUGGAAAGAGAGUGAGAGACUCCACCCCCAGCAAGAGGAAUCUGAGAAAAAGGACACGGUGUUGAGGACAGUGGGCGGGGCAAAAUAGUUUUUUUAAUUUUUUUUAAAUUCUGUUUCUUGGGUUAUUGCAGGCAGUGAAAGAGGGAAUGUAAAUUUAAGUUUUGAAUACAGCCCAUUUAAAUUCAUAAUAAACAUCUGUGUACAUUAUGUGUGUGGAUUUAUGUUUUUAUGUGAUUAUUCGAAUGUGUAAAUGUAUGUUUGACAAUAAUUUGUUUACUGCCCUUGUGCUAUAUUAAAAAUAUAUAGAUAUGU